AUGUCAUCCAGCAUCACUCUUCCCCCUCCCUACCCCGUCAAGGUUCAUUCUUACCUCCCCCUUUCCUCCUCCACCUCUUCCCCCGCGCACCCCCUCCAAGCAUACGAACAUCUCCCGGACUACGACGCCCAGGCCAGCCCUCCAUCCACCCAACCACCACCCAACGUCCUCGUCUUCAUAGGCGGCCUCGGCGAUGGCCCGCACACCAUCCCCUACGUGCGCCAUCUGGCCACCUACCUCUCUUCUUCUUCCAACAACAACAACAACACCCCCGCUACCGCCAGCGGCAGCCCUGCACCCCGCUACCGCGUCUUCGAGGCGCGCCUCACCAGCGCCUUCAGCGCCUUCGGCUACGGCUCGCUCGCGCAGGACGCGCGCGAGCUGGCGGCCCUCGUGCGGCACCUGCGCGGGCCGCUCGUCGGCGCGCGGCGCGUCGUGCUCAUGGGCCACAGCACCGGCUGCCAGGACUGUCUGGAGUACGUGGGCCGGGAGGGCUGGGCGGAGGAGGGGGAGGGGUUGAAGGUGGAUGGGUUGGUGCUGCAGGGUCCGGUGUCGGAUCGCGAGGCGAUUGGGAUGACCGAGGAUAAGCGCGAGGUGGAAGCCGCGUUGAGGGUUGCGGAGCGGAUGGUCAGGGAGGGCAGGGGCGGGGAGGUCAUGGCGACGGGGGAGAUGCCGAGCGGGUGGAGGGGGAGUCCGGUUACUGCGUAUCGGUGGGCUUCGUUGGCGGGGGUUGGGGGCGACGAUGACUACUUCUCCUCGGACCUGCCGGACGAGAAGCUGGAGAGUGUCUGGGGCAGGCUGGAGCAGCCGGUGUUGAUUCUCCCGUCCGAGAAGGACGAGUGGGUGCCCGCCGACACUGACGUCAUGGGGCUUGUCAACAGGUGGAAGAGCUUCUGCAAGCCGGGCAUCGCUAGCGACCUCAGUGGGCUGAUUCCCGGCGCUAAUCACCGCGUGGAUAAUCCCGCCGGACAAGAGUGGCUCGCCGAUCGGGUGGCCCGGUUUCUGGCCGAGCUCGAAAAGUAA